AUGCCAAAGUUUCAGAACUAUGUGGUAUGUGUUCUGUGUUCCGCUAUUGCCGACUGGUACAGUAGUGUUCAUACUUUGCUUUUUAUGUUGGCGGGAGAUGUGGAAUCGAAUCAUGGGCCUCUCGAAGAGCUAAUGAAGCAAUUGCUGGCAAAUCAACAAGAAGUAGCCAAUCACACUGCUGACAUCAAAACGAGUAGCCAGUCGACAAGAGCUUGGUGCACCAGCGUUAAUAAUCGUCUUACUGCCAUUGAAACUUCCAUUAAAGAAUUAAUAUCUACUACCAAGAGAGUUGAAGGUUGCGAGGCGGGAUUGGUAAAUGUUGCUAAAACAAUAGUGAAUCUCGAGCAAAAGAUUGAUGAUCUGGAGAAGAGAAGCAGACGAAACGAUCUGAUCCUACAAGGUAUUACAGAUGACAUCAACGAAACUCAAGCCCAGCUGAAAGUCAAAGUUGGCACUGACAUAUUUUCUACUGUUUUUCAGGUAGACGUUGUUAGCAUUGAAAUUAUACAUAGAUUGGACCGAAGUCUGGGAACUAAACCGAGACCUGCAAUAGAAAAUUUUCAUAAUUAUAAUGAGAAAAUUAAAGUUCUGGCUAACGCAAAAAAGCUUAAGGGAUCUAAAGUAUGUAUUAAUGAGGACUUCUCAUAUCGUGUACGACAAAUCUGAAAGUAAUUAAGGGAUAGUUCACGGAUUGAAAUGGAAAGUGGCGUUAAGGUAACUUUUUUCUUCGAAGAGCAACCAAUCCGACGCGAGCGGCGUUGA